AUGGUAUCAAAAACUUUAACUGAUUCGGGUAUUGAAAUUCAAAAGAGGAGAGAACUCAUACCUCAGCUGAAGGAAGAACGAAGAAAGGGACGUAUAGCAUUUAUAAAAUAUGACAAACUGGUUGUGAAGGGCGAAGCAGGUGGGAUGCGAGAUAAGAGGAAGAGAGAUCAAUCUGCUUCACCAAAAACAAUGAAUGAGACUGGAAACGGCCGACUAAAAAUUAAUAAAAUAAAUGCCUUCGAAAGAAUUUACAGGAACAGAUCACACUCAACAUCAGAUAUGAAUAAAAAGUAG